GGCAAAGUAAUCUUGGUUGGAAACUUAUUAGAGUCGAUGUUAUAAAAAAGAAGAUGACGUUUGGUAACGGAAAUUUUAUAAUUUUUUGAUAAAAGAAGUAUAUUAAUAUGUUUAUAUUUCCAUUUUGGUAAAUAAUGUGAAUAGUUUUAGUGCAUUAAUAAAUUAUUGGUUUAUUAAUAUAUAUACUUUGCUUUUACUACAAGAUGGAUCAAAUGUUACCAAGCCCUGGCUUCAGUAUCCCUAGUAUUGGGACACCUCUUCAUCAACCAGAAGAAGACCAAUUAAUCUUACCUAAUGCCCUCCAACAACAGCAGCAACUACAGCAACAAAUACCUGUUAGUAACUCUCAAGUGCCUCCGUUGGCUCCAAUGGGAGGACUGACACCAACACUAGGACUGGGCAUGGGCCACGCAAUGUCCAUGCCACAAACUAAAUACGUACCUGGAUUUGCAUUACCCAUGAAUUCAGUAGCACCACAAACACCACAACAUACCAUGAUGAGCCCAAUGAUAAAUUUAGGUGGAUCAGUAACUACCGGAGCCGGAGUAACUCCAACAAUGGGACCAUCGACUCCUUCUCCAAUGACACCCAUGACACCACAUUCUGCAGAUCCAGGAAUCAUUCCACAAUUACAGAAUAUAGUAUCGACGGUAAACCUGAGCUGCAAAUUGGAUUUGAAGAAAAUAGCUCUACACGCCAGAAACGCCGAAUACAACCCUAAACGUUUCGCUGCGGUGAUAAUGCGGAUUCGAGAACCUCGUACGACAGCCCUAAUCUUUUCUUCGGGAAAAAUGGUAUGCACCGGCGCCAAAAGCGAAGAAGAUUCAAGGUUAGCUGCCAGAAAAUACGCCAGAAUAAUCCAAAAGCUGGGAUUUCCGGCUAAGUUUUUGGAUUUCAAAAUUCAAAACAUGGUCGGAAGUUGUGACGUUAAAUUCCCUAUCAGACUCGAAGGACUCGUACUCACCCACAGUUCUUUCAGCAGCUACGAACCAGAAUUGUUUCCAGGACUUAUUUAUCGGAUGGUGAAACCGCGAAUAGUUUUGUUAAUAUUUGUGUCUGGUAAAGUUGUGUUGACCGGUGCUAAAGUUAGACAGGAAAUUUACGAAGCUUUCGAUAAUAUUUAUCCUAUUUUGAAAAGUUUUAAAAAACAGUGAGUAUUUUUUUUUAAAUUAUAAUUGUUCCUCUAUUUUCAUUGUAAAUUUACUUUUAGUUCUAUUCAACAUUGAAUUUAUUGUGGGUAUCGUUCAUUGAAUUUUGAGUUUAAUGAAGUUUUAAUAGUCCAUAUUAUUCAGUAGUUCAAAUGUACCAUACUUAUAAAUAUCAAAUUUACUUGAAAUUUCAAAGAUUAAUCAAUAUUUUGAUAUCUAUUAAUUUUAUAAUCGUAGUUUUGUUGCUGGACUCGUAUUUGUUUAAUUUUUUUCCUUGUAUCAUAAGUAAAAAUCAAUAUUUUGUGGUUUUAAUUCAAUUUUUCUUCGGAAUAAGUCUUUGUCUUCAUUAAUAUAUAUAAUAAAGUCCUUGAAAAACAGUAAUUGUCCUGUAAUAAUCACGAGACUUUAAAAAAUUGUUAAAAUCACUUUCAGUCUUGUUGCGCAUAAAAAAAUGAAUAUGUAAAAUUCUGUACUUCAAUCAAAUUCUUGAUAAAUAGAAAUUUGUCAUUUAUUAGUGUGACACAUUUGAACUACUCAAUGCUAGGAACUAUUAAAACCUCGCUGAAUUCAAAUUUUAUUGAAAAUAUAACAAAUUUAAUUAAAUAAUGGAAAAAUAAAAGCAAAAAUCAAAGUUAAGGAUUCGUAAUGGAUGAAAUUCCAAAAAUUGUUGAUUAAAAAUAAUAUAGGCACUGCAUAAUUUGUAUUCCUUUAUAUAGGUGAUACAUUUGAACUACUGAAUGGUAAUAAUCAUUUGAAACUGCACUAGGAUUUAAUUUAGUUGAAAAUGUAGCAGAUUCAAAUUGAUAAUCGGAAAAUAAAA